AAAAGCCGGAAAGAUGUCAGUAAUUUUGACAGGGAGUUUACUUCGGAGGCUCCGAAACUAACACCAACAGACAAAUUGUUUAUAAUGAACUUGGACCAGUGUGAAUUCUCUGGAUUUUCUUAUGUCAACCCGGAAUUUGUGGUCACUGUUUAA